AUGUCCGUCGAGUCCCCCGUCAUGCCCGUACAUCCCACAGUUCCCCAGACUAUACAGCAGGUGCCCUCCACCGAGCGCUUACCAAGGCCGAGCGAGCAGCUACCCCCCGAACGGCGCAACAGCAUCAGAAGCGAGCGCCAGAGCCAGAGUCGGCCUCAGUCGAGAAACUCCGACGCCGAGAACCGCCACCCAAACCCCUCCCCUAUCUGCGCACACUGCGGUACUUCCCAAUCGUCCGUCUGGCAACAAGAUCAGGAGGGAAACGCGGUCUGUAACACCUGUGGUCUAUAUCAGAAGAGCAGACAAAUGGCACGCCCCGGCUCCUCAUCGCCAACCUCAUUCACGACCUCACCUUCCGUCUCGCCACAAUCGCCCCCUCACGCGCUCAACGCGCCCGCGUCCCCGACUUUUCAACAGCCCUGUCACCCCGCCGCGCCGUUGAACGGUGCCGUAAAGCAGCCAUCUAGACGACCAGUCGGCGGAACCUGUCCCGGAGACGGACGCUGUGACGGCACAGGCGGCGCCUCUGCUUGUUCGGGUUGCCCCACGUUCAUCAACACCGCCAAUCAUAUCACGACCUUUACCAUCGGCAUGGGCGAUAGCAAACCAGAGUACAAGAGCAACGCACCCAUCGAUCCCUCCCUUGCAGACGCACAAGCGAGACAUUCCCCCACAUCUAUGCCCGGCACAUCCUCUGGACCUCCCCCGCCGCCCCCAGCGGGGCCUUCGGGGACGAGAAGCGUGCCUGAGGAGCGGCCGAAGAAACUCGGCGUGACCGCGCUUUCGUGCGCAAACUGCGGGACGAGUACGACGCCCUUGUGGCGACGCGACGAUUCAGGGAACAAUAUAUGUAAUGCCUGCGGUGAGUCCUCCAUAAUCCGCGCGCCUGGCAGCCGUCGGCUAUCGCGCCAUCGCGCACAUCGACGUCUUGAAACUGACCUGGAAUUACGUAGGCCUUUACUACAAGCUGCACGGGACACAUCGCCCGAACUCGAUGAAGAAGACCGUGAUCAAGCGGCGCAAGCGCGUACCCGCCGCUGCCGCCGCCGCUGCUGCAGCCGCGGCGGCGCCCCAGCACGCGAACGGCGGCGGCGCGCCGGGCGGGCCCCUCCCCCCACAAGAACACCCCCACAUGCAGCAUAUGCAACAGCAAGCCCAUCACCCAGGGUACUCCGUCGUUAA